AUGCUCCCCCCUCCCGCCGUACACGGAAUUUCUUCUUCGCACUCUUUGUUCGAAGUUCGAAGCUCGAUCAUCACCAUCUUAGUGCACUCUGCCGCAACCUUUUUAUCGCUGAAGAAUGAAGAAUCCUUCGCGAUCAGUGCAGAGCUGAUGAAAGCGCUGGCUGAAGAUAUGGAGAGAAAUCUUCCCGACUGGAUGAUUUUUCCGCAGGAGGAAGAUGCGACGCAGACCUUCUCGCAGUCUCUCUCGUCCUGGUCCUCCGCCCGAGAAGUAUCGGAAGCAAGUGUGCCCCUUGUUCGAUCUGCCCUUCUCUUGUCCUUGCGCGAGGUAGGCUGCAGCACAAUCUCCGUCAUCUCCUCGAAGAUCGCAUUCCCAGUGGACUGCUGGAGCGAAGAGAUGGAGAGGGAUGGUGCAGAGACAUACGGGGGAGCGUGCGAAGCAGAUCUUGUUCGUCAUCCUCAUCUCCGCCUGCGAGAGGACCUCGCAGAUGCUCUUCCGACCUCGCCAUCUCAACUUGUCUGCAAGUUCUCCAUGCCCGAUGCUUGUCGAGUCCACGGGCAUGCCCUUGGGAGGAAGCAGAAGGGAUCGUUCAGAGCUUGCAUGCCAUCUGUCGAGGAGCUUCGCACGAGGCAGCUAACGAGUGUGUGCGGGGGGUCUCUCUCCUCCUGCAUCGCACGCAAGGUGAGGAAGAGGAUGGCGGGGCUAGCGGAGGACAAGAAGAGCCGGUCUGACGCAUGUGGGGCUAGAGCUUCAUGCUGCGGUCCACCCUCGCCUCCUCGAGACUUGUUCAUGGCUGAUGGGCUUGCUAUGCAGCUCUCUGCAGGAGGAGGCAGUUGGUUGGCCCUCACUCCUCCACAUCGUCUAUCAGACCAUGCGGUCGCACAGAGCUCAGGGCCGAUGGUACUCCGGAGCGGACAAGCCAACGAAGCCUUCCUGAUGUACAAGCACAAACAACUCGCAUCUCCAAGCCCAACAGAGCUCAGAGUGGGUCAGGAACCUUCCCUCGUCGUGCUGCUGCGUGGGUUGGUCGCUGUCAUCCGAUGGCAAGAGGACCCACACGCCCAGGAGGAGAGCAUAGCAGAGCUGCUCCAUCCCCUCCUCCACGACCUCGGGGAGAGCAUCAGCAACGUCCGGGCAGUCCUCCAGCAGAUCUCGAGCAGACAGGGAGGAAACCUCCUGGUCGCUGAGCCCUUGGCAGCCCUCGCUUGGAGCAUGAGAGCAUGCGCCAUCGUGUGUGACCACUUUCCCAUGGUCCUGGGGAGGAGGAAGGAGAUAGAGGAGGCGGUCAUGGGGAAGAUGAAAGAGGCGCUGGAAGCGACCAUGGCCGUGCGAGAGGAGGAGACUCGUUUCGGGCCAUCGAACGUGGCCAAGGAGGAACUUUCCUCCUCCUGCUCCGCGACUUUCUCCCGUCCCUGCGGGAACAAGCAGCACCAUCAGCAGCGCGGCUAUGCGACAGGGGGAAGUAGCGGCAGUACGGCAAGGCUGGCCCUUCAGCUCGCUUCCCAGCUCAUCAUUGCAGCUCUGGGAGACAAGGAGAAGAAUCUACCACCGAUCGGGCAGGAGGUUUUCAUUGCCGGAGGAGCUUUGCACGCCAUUGUCAAAGCCAUGCUCGAGGCAGCGAAUGGUCAGAUGCCCCCCAGCCACGUCAUCGACGUCGCUGCGUCGCUGCAUGCCGCAUGCGUGCGCACGGACAUGGACGGAGUUCGAGUCAUCAUCGAAUCAGCGGCGCAAGAGCACAAGAACCCGACAGAAACCCAGCUCAAGACAUUUGUGGGGGAGUUGCUGUCCGAUGUCUGUUUGCGGGACGUGCGGAGAUUCAAACGUGUACUCAAGGCAUUCUGCGGGGGAAAGAAGAAGGGCAUGUAG